AGCUUGGCUAGCUUUGUGCAACACUGUGCAGCGUUCGAAAGAAAAGGAGCUGCACACGACUUCAAUUGCAUGAUUCUCCUUGUACAACUUGUGUACAAAUGCGCAAGUAUUUCCCAGCCGAACACUGUCAACGCUGCAAAAAUAUGGAGAGAUCACCUAUCACAGUUGAAGGGGCCUCCGUCCAAGCGCACAUUUCAAUCGUGGUAUACCUUGGGUACAAGGUUCGCCAAGAUAGCUGAAGGAGGUAAGAAUGUUCAUACUCAAUACACACCUCAUCUAACAAUUUCUGUGGGAUCCGUUUACGUCCUUCUCUUGAUUGCUGUCAAAGGUCUUCGUGUUCGUCUGGCGGAAGCAGAGGGUUCGAUUAGUGAGGAAAUAGGCAACAUUAUGAGAAGACCGGAUACGAAGACAGAAGCAGGAUGCGCUGUUCGAGACGCACUUAUACCUUUGGUGGCUAUCCUGAGGGCAGAGUGUCCCUUGCGCCUCUCGGAUUUAUUCGAUCCAAGUGAUGUUGUAUCGCAAGGCCUAUCAGCGCACUCGCUUUGUGGUGACCUCGAUAGUUCUGAUCGAUUCUUCAAGGCCAUUGCAUCUAACUCCUUUGCCCUUGUUCCUCGUGACGAUUUUGCCUGGGCCUCUUGCAUCGGCAUUACAGAGAUAUUCGCAGAUCUCGCAGAUCCUACGGUCCCGGUCCGAGAAGAACCAGCCACCCAUGUGUCUCCAGAAGCUUGUGGAGCCUUCAAUCUGAGAGGGUUAUCGCCUCUCACCCCAAUUUCGACGCUUAGCGAACUGGAUCCCUGGGAACCAGAUAGUACGCCUACUUCUCCAACGUCAACUCUCGAUUCCUUCGCAGUGAUCAAGACAUCCUACGAUAUCUUGCACGAGCGCAAUCAACGAUUCUCCGCGUCGAGAGACAGGCAAGCGAAUAUUGUCUGGACUGAUCAAAGACGCCUGUUAGCUGCAAGAGCAAGCGUCCCGGUAACACGUCAGGCACUAGAACUGGAGGUAUCGCUGUCGAUCGAACAAGGAGCAGUAUGUGAAGAUAGGGCGAGAUACAUUCGAGUAAGUGUCUCCCCUAUCGUCCUUUCAUUGGACAUUCUUAUUAUCCAGGAUGUCCACUCGAUUGAUAUGGCUGGCAUCUGCAAUUCAAUGCCGAACAACAUGCGCGACAACCCAACCGAUCGUCUAACUGCGUGUUUUCCGUUCAAUCCUUUGAAGACUAUCCAUACCGCGGCAUCAGGCCGGGAUAUCACAUUUGAAGCCUUGCACUUCUCGUGGUACAACCGCCAUACUACGCAGGGAAGUACAGCGCCCACAGAUGUGCCUCCUUUCAUGCUAGCACGACCCAAUGGUCACAGAACCAAUUAUACUCAAAUGCUGCCAUACACGUCCAAAGAUAUGGCUCAGCACGAGGAUAUCUAUCAAUCGUUGAGGAACGUGCUCGGUGAUGUCUUUGAGUGGCUUGAUAACAAGAUAGCAACGAUGUUCCCGAACUUCUACACUAGACUGGAGAAUUUCGCAGAAAUUCUACCAGGGAACAACACACCACUGUCUGCACCAUUUUUGGGGCUUGUGGUGAAUCUCAAUGUCGUCACACAAGCUCAC